AUGUCGCGCCGACCAGCCAAAGGCGACUACAUCGAGACGGACACCGGCAACAAGGUCGCCCGCAAAGCCGUGCUCGUCGGCACGCAAAACAUUGUUCUCGGCGGCAAGACGGUCAUCCAGCCGGACGUCAUGAUCCGGGGCGACCUCGUGCGCACCGCGCCCUCCUCCUCCAGCACCGCCACCGCCACCGCGUCCAACACGGCCGUCGCCAUCGGCCGCUACUGCUUUCUCAGCCGGGGCGUGGUGCUGCGCCCGCCGGGGCGCGUAUACAAGGGCGCGUACACGUACAUGCCGCUGCGGCUGGGCGACCACGUGUUUGUCGGCGCCGGCAGCGUCGUCCAGGCCGCGAGCGUCGGCAGCCACGUGUCCAUUGGCCGCGGCUGCACCGUCGGCGAGUUUGCCAUUCUCAAGGACUACGUCCGCGUGCUCGACGGCGCCGCCGUCGCCCCGUUUGCGGUUAUCCCGAGCUUCUCCAUUGUUGCUGGGCAGCCGGCGCGCGUCGUGGGUGAGAUCCCAGAGGGCGGCCAUGACGCGUUUGAGCUGCGCGACUUGUACAAGACGGUGGGGAACAAUCCGCAGCCUCCGCCGUAG